CACACGGAUAAUUUUUAUAAACUUUUUAUUUUUUUUUAUUUUUAUAUAUAUAUAUUUAUAUGUAGUAGUAGUCGUCGUACCAUCUCAAUAUUUAUUCUAUUACGUUACCAUAGAUUUUAAUAAUAAAAUCUAUAGUAACGUAAUAGAAUAAAUAUUGAGAUGGUACGACGACUUAGUCAACGUCCUCGAAUAAGUUUUAUUGACCUCGAUCAUCACGGCCUACACCGUACGUCCGCGCUUCAAGUUUAAUAAUGUCAUGUCAUGGACGCUCCGUUCGUUCGUGUUGUCGUGCUGACUAGUCAUUGUUCCCAUCAACAGCUUCUGUGGUUCCUGUCAUUGUGCCCUAAUUCACCGUGAAGUCCAACACGAAUUUCGUCAAUAUAAAACUGUUUAUGCAAUGGGAGUCUCACCUAUUACGUGCUCGGACAUUUUACCGACAACAUCUUUGGGUUAUUCCGCAUUUACCGUGUAAUGAAAUGAUUCUUCGAUACAAAACAUUUAUCAGUAUAACAAUAUCAGUGAUUUUGUUAACUUCCGGAGUUGGUGCAUCAGCUCUGAAAGAAGCUUUAGAAGAACAUUUAAAGGAUGCCGCUCAUAAAGAAGGGGCCGAGUCUAUCAAAGAAGAUAAGCAGAAGGGAGAAAAAGUACAUCAGAUUGAAAGUCAAGUCAAUGACGUCCAUAAAAAUCAGUUCUCGAAAGCUAAUGAUGAAGCAAAAUAUGUGAAGAAAGAUCACGACACUAAAUCAUCAGCAGAGAGCGAUGCAUAUCAAGGUUACAAUUCCCAACAAGACAAAGCUGAGGACAGUCAUACGACGGGCUAUAAAAGAGGCCACAAAAAAGGACAUCACAAACAGGGAUUCCAAAAUUCUUAUCACAAAGACGAAUCUUCCAAUAAAAGCACAUUCUUUGACGAUUUUAAUGAUGAAGGAGAUCAAGCUGCGUACAACAGUAAAUUGAACAGCCACGAUAAUCAGGGUGGAAGACGUUAUCAAGGUUCUCACAACAAUGGCCAGGAAUAUGUACGUGAUAACUAUUAUGGCGGGGGAUAUAACCGUUACGGUGACAAUGGUGCCAAACACUUAAGCCAUCAGGAUUAUGGAAAAAAAUAUCAUUUAGAUGAUAAUCUACAUCAUAAUAGGUAUUACGAUGAUAGAAAUAGUUACAAUAGAGAUAAAGUGCAUGAUCGUUCAGAAUAUCGUGCUCCACCUGUGCGUCACGACCCAGGAUGGGACUGGAAUAGAUGGAAUGAAGAUAGGAAAGGUUGGCAUCGCCCUGGUUGGGACAGAGAUCAAGGAUGGGAUAGAAAUUCGGGAUGGGAUAGAGGUUCAGGUUGGGAAAGAGAUUAUGGCGGUCCUGGAUAUUACGAUGAUUAUGGAGUGCGACAUGACGGUGGAUACGGUUAUGGACCAAAUCAUGGAUAUGGGUAUGGUUACGGAUAUGAUGAAUCUCGCAACGAUCCGGUGGCUCAAAUUCCAAAAAAUGCUCCAGUUGUUGCACAUCAUAAACAGACUAUCACUAUUUACGAGGAUCCUAGAUAUGAUGGAAAGGAUAAAGGACAGUUGAGGCGAGAGGAAGGUGAUUAUCUUCAACUUGAAUAUAAGCCUAGCACACAUCGAUAUGCGAGUUAUGAUGACACUUAUUAUAAUGUACCAAAUGCGAGGGAAGGUGGUAUGGAAGCAAGCAAGAUCAACAGGCUUGUUUACAAUUACAGACGGCAGUAAAAUUAAAAUUUUGUGAAAAUUAAAUUAUUUUUAGUAUUAUUCUCAUGACAUUUAAUUGUAUCUAUCUAUUAUUAUCUGUAGAUAGAUUUUUUAGGUAUUUAUUGAUCAUUUUGCUUUCUUGAGAUACUCAUUAAAAUAAAAGU